AAGAGUUUGAUAUUGAAUCAAAAAAUAUCGUGUUUGAAGUUUAAAACAAAAAAGCACAUAUCAAAGAUUGUUUUUGGUGCUAUUCUGCCUUGGAUUUUCCCAUAGACUCAUUUUACAGCUGCAAACUUCCCAGCUGACAUUUGUCAAACAGGAUGUUUUUUAUGGGUCAUGCUUACAAUUUUGCUCUUUGAUUUGCUGAACUGGUUCCUUGGGCUGGCUAUAUUAACGAGUCAACCUAAAAAACUGUCAAACAUUGGUAAACAAGAGCAGCAAUAAAGUUCAUCUGUGUGAUGGGAGAGAAGGCUCAGGAUGAUUCCUUGCUCACUGCUCUGUCUUCCAUCAUAAGGAGUCAAUGAACCUUUUGUGGACAUUAUGAACAGUGGACUGUUUUUACUUCUGUUCCAAAUUGGCCUGCUGUUCCUGUCCUUGCUCAGAUCUGGAGAAUCUCAACAUAUAGCGGAUGAAUCAUGCUCAGUACAGAUCCUAGUCCCUGGUCUGAAAGGUGAACCUGGGGAAAAGGGGGAGAAAGGAGAGCCUGGAAGGCUAGGAAAAGUUGGCCCAGUUGGACAACCAGGACCUAUUGGUGAAAAAGGCCAAAAGGGUACAAUGGGUCGCCCUGGAAAAAUAGGCCCAGCUGGUUUAAAAGGAAACAAAGGAGAGACUGGUGAUCUAGGACCAAAAGGGGAAAACGGAGAUCCAGGCUUACCCUGUGAAUGCGGCCCACUGAGAAAGGUAAUUGGAGAAAUGGAUAUUCUUGUGACACAGUUAACAAACGAACUCAAUUUCAUUAAAAAUGCACUGCCCUCCCCUGCAGCUGUUGCUGGAGUACGAGAGGUAGAAAAUAAGAUUUACCUCCUGGUGAAGGAAGAGAAGAGGUACACAGAUGCCCAUGAGUAUUGUCGUGACCGAGGAGGACUUCUUAUAAUGCCAAAAGAUGAAGCAACCAAUAGCCUCAUUGCUUCGUACAUCAGUGAAGCCGGCCUCAGCAGAGUAUUCAUUGGUGUUAAUGAUCUGGAGGAGGAAGGCCAGUUUGUCUUUACAGAUGGGUCACCCCUGCAGACAUUCAACAAGUGGCGGAAUGGAGAGCCAAACAAUGCCUAUGAGGAGGAAGACUGUGCGGAAAUGGUAUCUUCUGGGGGUUGGAAUGAUGUCACCUGUCAUAUUACAAUGUACUUUGUCUGUGAAUUUGAUAAAGAUAUACCUUAAUUCAGUCAACUCCUGAUGUUGUAGCAUGAUAUUAUUCUGCAUCCACAAUGGAUAAAUUAGUAUUCUUUUUAAAAGCUAUGAUACCUCAACGUGGGAAUGAUUAAAGCCACCAGAGUUUUUGUAUAAAUCUCAUUUUUCACUCAUGCUCUUAGGUAUACAGCGCAAUUAGGAUAAAUAUAUUGAAUUUUAGCAGAACCAUUUUCUUGUGCUUUAUAUUUUCAGAGAACAAGGCUAUUUAGACUUUGGAUGAUACUGUAAAAAGGGGAAAAGGGGAAGGUCAAUAGAAAUAAAAAUUGGGCGAGGUGUACAUGGGUGACUGAACUGACAUUGCUAUUUUACACUAUCUCACAAAAACAAAAUUACCCACUCAUUUGUUGCUUAAAUUUCUCUUUCCUCAGUUGCUAUCAAUUUAGCCUUUUGAUUUAUUUUUGAAUACUGUAAAUGACAAGCUAUUAAUUGCUGCUUUGGGCCAAGUAAUUCUCUGCCCAUUUAAAAUGAACAUUAAAGCAAACUCUUAAAGGUACUUUUGUUACUUUUCUCGCCAUUCUAUGCAAGACCUAAGGGGUUAGAAAUUGUUCUUUGCUGACCUCGUUUUCCACUUAUUUCAAAGUGAGCCUAUCACAGAAUUUCAUGCAAUAGGACAAAGAAGAUCAAAUAUGCUUUUUGGGGACACCAGGGGUGAGCUGUCUGUAUCUGCCGCUAUGCCAGCACCAUGUCUGCAGGCUAAGGAACAACUACUUGACAAUGACUGAAGCUUUGGUUCACCAUCUGCUUCAAGGACACUUCCAUCAUUGGGAUUGUACUGCUGCAGCAGUUAAAGCCACAUUCUCUCUUGACCGUCUUGCCUCUCUCUUUGCAGAAUGACAUGGCGAUCUUUUGCAGUAUCAUCCAAUUUGAUUCCCACUUAUGUAUCACACAAGUGACUGAUGCCUUGUUCAGUAAACCCAACUUCCAUCUCCUUUCCCACAAAUUAGUAGCAGCAGCCUGGCAUCACUAUCUGAUUUAUCUGCACUAUAAUUUCCAAAGCAAAAGGAACAUUUGACAUCAUAUGACUAGCAUCAACAACAACAAUUUGUACUUAUACAGUGCCCUUCAUGUAAUAAAAUGUACCAGGGUGGUUCACGGGGGCAUUAUAAAGCCAAAUUUGAUGUUGAACUGCAUAAGGUAAUAUUAAGGCAGGUGAAGAGGAAGGUUUUAAGGACUGUCUUAAAAUAGGAUAGAGAGGUAUAGAGGUGGAGAAGUUUAGGGAGGGAAUUCCAGAGAUUAUGGCCUUGGCAGUGGAAGGCAUAGCCACCAAUGAUGGCAUGAUUAAAGUCAGAGAUGCUGAAGAUGUCAGAUUUAGAGGAGAUUUCUCAGAGGGUUAUGGAGCUGGAGGAGAUUGCAGAAAUAGGGAGGGGCAAGGUCAUGAAGAGAUUUGAAAACAACGAUGAGAAUUUUAAAAUCUAGGCAAUGCUUAACCAGAAGCCAAUAUAGUCCAGCAAGCACAGGGUUGAUGGGUGAAUGGGACUAGGCCUUAGAAUGAGGCAGCAGAGUUUUGAACAACUUCAAGUUUGGGGAGAAUGUGAGGGCAGCCAGAAGUGCAUUGGAAAAGUCAAGUUUAGAGGUAACUAAGGCACGGAUGAUGAUUUCAACAGAAGAUGAGUUGAGUUGGGCCAUGUGAUUGAGAUGGAAAUAGGUGGUCAUGAUGGGUGUGGUUGGAAGCUCACCUUAAGGUCAAAAAUGAUACCAAGGUUGCAAACAGUUUGCUUCAACCUCAGGCAGUUGCCAGGAAGAGGGAUGGAGAUGGUAGCUAGGGAAUGGAGUUCAUGUUGGGGGUGCAGCAAAAAAUAAUGGCUGUGAUCCUCCCAAUAUUUAGCUUUCUCCAAUUAAGUAUUUCUAAAAUUUAUUCCCAAUAUUUAGCACCCUGGUCUAAUACCCACUUUUGCCCUUUCCCAUGUAUACUGCACUCAGCAGUGCUAUCUCUUUUGGUGUGUGUCUAUUGGUGAGAGUGAUGUCAGCUGCUGUGAGGCACUGGUUUGCUCAGGAUCACUGGCAGUACUAGUGGGCUGCUCUUCCAGGAGCCAAACAACAGAAGAAGUACAUGUGUUUGAAGGAUGGCUCCAAAAGAUAGCUUCAAACAGAGUUUAAUGUUUUUGUGAUUAAGGUUGUGUUAACAAGUGGGAAGGAGAAUGAGACAUAGCAAAAGCAGAAUGAUAUGGACCCUGUGCCUGGCAGGAGACCUAUGUUUUCAACUUCCCUAUUCUUUGAAUGUAGAUAUAGACAAGAAUGUCCAGGGUGGCCUUCUGAAAGGAAUUUAAAAAUCUUAUCGUUUCUGGGACCUCCUCCAGUUGAGUCUGUUCCCUUGCAUUAUGUACCUGUACUAUCUUUUUAUAACCUUCUGAACAAUGUAAUGUAUCUCUGGUUACCUCUGGUCAGAUGUUAAUUUCCAUGUAAAGAAAGUAUCUCACUGAUUUUAUUAACACAAGUUCAUAUUAUAGACCCAUUAUCCUUUGGGUGUAGUCUCUGAUAAUGCUGUAAAAAGUGUUGACAAAACUGGUUUCUCUGCUACCUUUCUUACCACCAAUGUACUUCUGGCAUUGUGUAAUUUGGCCUCAACUGUGAUCAAUGCUACUGAUGUUGUCAAUUUCUGAUACCACUAAUAUUAAAAAUAUUUAGUACUGUGA